AACACCAUAAUUAUGAAGGUGGGGGGCUGUGAAGGGAUCAGAUUUCAUAAUCACACUACUGCAGCACCGUUUCUAGAGAUGGCUUAUUGCUUGUCGUAUGGCCAACUGCUGAGAGAAGUUGAAAGGUCACCAAACCUACAAAUCUAAAUCUUACUUCCACUGCCCACCCAACUAGAAAAUGAAAAAUAUCUGAUCCUCACUUUCUUCUUGUCUUCUCAUCUUGGAUUUCGGUGUUUAAUUAUUCCAAGAUAUCAAAACUUCUCUCUGCUCUUGUUGCCACAGAAGUCACUCGAGUCUGCGGGUGAUAACAGGAAGAAGAUAUUUGCUCUCCAGGGAGAUAGAAUUUCAGCAACUGUAAGCCAACUCUCUCACUCUCUCUCUCUCUCUCUCUGUGGAAAGGAAUUCCCAUUUGGCUUGGGAGGACCAUUUCUAAUCUAGAAGGUUGAUUCCAGUAUUCCAUGGUCCCAAGGUUGGAUUGGAUCCUUAAAGACCCCAUUCCUCAAAACAAUCCAAAAGUACUCUACCUGUCUUUCAACUACUGAAACUCAUGACACUUUGGGGAUCUCCACUUGUUUGUAGCUUGGUAAAUUUAUGGAAAUUCAUAGGUUCGAUGUCUGAAGCAGCAUGAACCUACAAGUCAAGAAGAUCACUUUUCAUCAGUGAGGUAACAGGAGGGGGGCUGUGGACUUUCAUCUAUGGCUUGGAACUUGUAUGCUGGGCCUCGUCGCCUGCUCCUGGAUACAGAAACUGCUAUGCCACCAAUGAAUGGAAGCAGGGGAAGUAGCUCAUAUGCCAAUGAUGCGAACUUUGACAGCAACAUGGUGAUAAUCCUAGCAGCCCUGCUAUGCGCAUUGAUCUGUGCGCUGGGAUUGAACUCAAUUGUGCGCUGUGCUUUGCGUUGUAGUAAUCGAUUUUCCCUUGAGACCCCAGAUCAGGUUGCUGCGCAUUUAGCCACAACAGGCCUUGAGAAGGGCACCCUGAGCCAGAUUCCAGUUGUGGUGUAUGGCUCAUCAGGUCUAACUACUCCAGCCACAGACUGCCCCAUAUGUCUGGGGGAAUUCACUGAAGGAGACAAGGUAAGGAUCCUACCAAAAUGCAAUCAUGGUUUCCAUGUUAAGUGUAUUGACACAUGGUUGAUGUCCCGCUCUUCCUGCCCAACAUGUCGCCAACCAUUGCUUGAACAUCCAACAAAUUCUAAUGUGGAGGAGCUGGUUGUCAGAAUCCUGUAACCAGAAAUUGAACCUGGUGGCUAAAUUUGGCUUUUCAAGGUUUCUGUUUAUCAUUGUACAGGAUCAAAGGGUAUGUUUUACUAGUUUUCCUUGUAAAAACCUUUUCUUUUUCUUGUUAUAACUUAGUGUAACCAUAUUACAAUCUGCCUCACUUUAAGCUGGUUCAGAAUCUGAAACACCCCUCUGUUUUCAAAUUUUGAAUAUGCUUGAAGUAGAUAUUGUGACCCAUGAAUGAUUUGUGGAGGCCAGUGCCAUGAUUCAA